AUGGGGUCCCGGCGGCCUGAGCCAGGCCCGGUGUUCGGCAAGGUGGCUCCCGAGAUCCUCGAGGAUUCGCUGAUCCUUUUGGCCACGGAAAACCAGCGGUACCUGAGCCGGCUGCCGGGGCAGGCCGGGUGCUUCAAGGGGCGGCAGAUUGUGGAAUUUAUAUUCCUUUUGUCUGAAAAAUGGCACUUGGACCUCUCAGCAAGGUACCAAGCAGUGGAAUUGCUUGAAAGGUUUAUGAUCAAGCAAGUAGAGCAAAUCUGUAAUUCCUCCAGAGAGAAAGUUAAAAGCUGUGAAGGAGGAAGAGGAGGAGGAGAUAGAGGCAGCAGUUCUCAGAAGGAUCAGAUCUAUGACACAUUUGUCCUGCGACUCGUGUCCUGUGUUCAGCUUGCCAGCAAACUUUCCUUACACUACAACAUAGUUAACAGUGAGAUGGCUUUAAAAUUCCUGCAGUCCUUGAAAUACUCAUACAGCAAACAGGAGCUGCUGGAGUCAGAGCUUCUAGUCCUGAAAACUCUGCACUUCCAGAUCAACGUCUCAACUCCUUUGGCUUACGUGGAAUUGCUCCUGGAGGUUUUAGGACACAAUGGGUGCCUGCUGCCUGCAGAGCCAUUGCAUCAGGUGUGUGUGCAGCUGCUGGACUUCUCCUACCUGACCCGAGACAGCAUCUAUGACACCUUGCUGAAGAUGGCCAUUGAAAAUCCAACACCCAACAAACUCCAGGUAGCCAAGUUUCUGACAGUAAAGGAAGAUUUCAUGCUCUUGGCUGUUGGAAUCAUCAGCACAAGUGUGUUCAUCCUGGACCCCGUGCACUGGAGGCAGGUUGUGGAGCACCUGAACUCCAUCACAGGCAUCACAGCACGGAGUAUCCUGGAGCUCUCCUCUGCAGUGCUGGAGCACAUUGUUGGCAGUGCCCCACUGGAGCAGCACUAUAGCAACAGUGGAAUGAGAGCUCCCAAAAAUAGAGUUGUGACUUAAACAGAACCCCCUUCUGUGGCCAGGGGUGCAGCAGCAAGCCACCACCCUGCUAACAGCUCAUCCUCCAGAGGGCACCCAGCCUGGUUAUUUUUUUUUUUUGUUUUCUAAGUGUGGAA